AUGCACUUCUCUAAGACCCUUGCCACCGCGGCCACCUUUGCCAUGACUGUAUACGCCGGCUUCCCUGUCGCCAGCGUUAGUUUCCUCUCAUGGGAGAAGUGCGACAUUGGCCGCCCCGCACUCGGCGAGGCCAAGUUCUCCGCCGAUGUGAGCGUCACUCCUGUGACAUGCGACAAGACCCCUGUCAACCGUGACUGGAGCAUUGACAACUAUUCCUUCCGCGCUCGCUUGGAUACCAAGGACACCGUUUUCUGCCACGGCGUGACCAUCUGGAACAACGAUGGCUGCUCUGGUGAGCCUGUGUACUUCCUGCCUUUCGAACACAGCCCCUUCGCCGAGGGCCAGUGUCUCCCUGACAUCCUCCAGCCUGGCUAUGUCUCUUUCAAGCUGGCUUGCGAGGGUUUCCCCUAG